AUGUCUCGACUCGCCCUCCUCGUCAGCCUCAUGGCUGCCACCGUAGCAGCCCAAGCGGAAUACGCAUCCCACGGCUUCAAAUACAUCGGCUGCGUCGAGGCCGAGCCCCCAGUCUUCUCCUUCAACGUCGAUCUCCCUGCUCCGUUCAGCGCCCAGCAGUGCCAGGAAGCCUGCCACGCAAAGGGCAAAUACGCCGCCAUCGACGGCUCGUGUCACUGCGAGGAUCCUGCGUCCAAGGGAGAGCCGCAGUACAAGGUGCUUGAGGAUUCCGUCUGUGUGCAGCCGUGCAUCGGCGGCAACCAAACUGCGGGAUGGUGCGGAGGCCCUCAGUGUCCGGUGACGGGGAAGAAGCGAUAUUCGUUGUACAAAAUGGACGAGGACCACUGCGACGAUGACAAGGACAAAGAUAUUGAUAACGGAUUUCACACCAAGAGCAUCCCCGUGAGAACCUCCACCACCAUCAAGACCAUUACGUCUUGUCCUCCUGAAGUCACCAACUGUCCGCUCUCCUGCCCACCUGGAGGCUGCCAUGUUGAUCCUCCGUCUCCCAUCACGACAUGGAAGCAUCAUUCUGCCCCGUCAUCCGAGCCCAAAGCCCCCUUUCCCCGUCCAGAGUGCGAUGGUGAACACUGCAAGACAACCGUUCCGGCAUCGCCAACAUGUCCGCCAGGAGGAUGCGUUAAGCUUGUCACGGAUCCUAUCCCGCCCCGUCCUCAUCCUACGCCUGAUCCGGCUCCUACCAAAGUACCGGUGACCAUUAGCGAGGGCACCAGAUACCAGUCUGGGGUGCUAAUGGCAGCUGUUGCCGCGAUGGUCGUGGCUGUAAGUUGGCUGUAA